AUGAAAGGGCUCUCUAAAGGUUAUCUCAGAAUAAGAAAAGAUAACAUGGAGAAAGCGCGUGGGAGAGUGAAAAUAGAAGGAGAGUUUGAACGUUACCUUUAUGAUUAUCUUGUCAAACGCAACAUGCACCGCACUGCUGAGGUUUUCAGGAACGAGGCUAAUCUUCAGUUGAAUCCCGCUGCUUCUUCAAGUGAUGCUGUGGAUGUCCCGGAAGGAUUCUUGCUGGAGUGGUGGUCACUUAACAAUGAUUUUGACUUCUUUAGACAAAUGCAUGACACACAUGGGUUACAAGGAAUGCAGGGAUGUAAUAAUGCUUUUCAAGAUGUAGGGUGUUCCAUGAAUGUAGAAGGAAUGUAUCAAUUGCCUCAUAAUUUUACUCCUGUUCAAGCACUCAACAUUGGAAGCAACUUAAUGCCCUCACAUGUAACUGGUGAAUUGCCAUUAUUUUCCUUACCAUCUGCACUCCAACAAGUAAAUGGUGAACAGUCACAAUUUUUAUUACCAUUUUCCCAUCAAGACGUAUGUGAUGAAUUGCAACAACUUCCAUCUUCACAUCAUGCUCCAAUGCCAACACCGGCAGAGAGAACAAUCGAGGUUUCGAAUGUCAAAGGUCCAGAAGCAAAGUCUGAAUAUACUGGAUCUAUUGAGGAAACAGAUCCGAUAAUUGAGAAUUUGUUGAAUUCUUUUUGGUUGUUCGAACAAGAUCAACCAAAUUUAUUUGAGAAGUCAACGGUGGGAGAGAGCAGCAGAAAUGUGGAGAAUUUGCAGGAAUGUGAUGGAAACACUGGUGUGAAUGCAAUUGCUGGUUCACGAUCAGCAUUGGAGGAUGAUGAUAACAGAAGUAACACAAGUGAUUGUUCCAGCGAUUACCAAAUAACUAUUACUGAUGCAGAUGCUUCAACGGUGCGUGUGAACUUUGUCUAUUGUACCUUAUUCCUAUUUCGUUCUAAUUAUGGAAAAUUUGGCUUGCAGGCCAUCAGUUGGAAUCCAAUGAAGAAGCAUAAAUCAGUAUCUUCAAGUAUGGAAUGUGAUAUGUUGUCUGCAAUAAUGAAUUACCUUCUUCUCUUCAACUACGAAGAUCAACUACGGCUAAUAACCUUGCGAAUCAAUCAAGCAUUUGUGUUCACUGCAGCACUUGGAGAUCCUUCAAAACAUGGUUUAGAAGCCACUCUAAAUCGUAAUGCUUCUCAAGAAGCAGGGUGUUCCAUGAAUGAAGAAGCAAAAAGUCAGUUGUUUGAUGAUUUUACUCCAGGUUUUGAUUCUGGAACAUUUGCAUUGGCUACAUUGACUGUUCUCUGUGCAGAUGUUAACAUUGCUUCUUGA